UGCCUUUGGUAGGUUAUUCUUGACUCUGUAAAUUACUUUGGAAGCGGUAUUUGUUGGGAUGGAAUGACCAGUGUUGAUGAGAUGUUCGAUUAUCGCACUCCUUAUACAGCUACUUUUUGUAGCCAUGCGGGAUAGUGUUCUUGAACCCUUUUGGACAGGAUACGCGUCGAACUACCAAUUUACCAGCAACAGGUGGACUUAUAUAUGCACAGAAGUUAUCAGCUGUGAGAUCUUGUCCCUGAGGCUUCUACAGACCAAUGGACAACUGGAGAACACUACUCUCAGCGUUGCUACAAAGAAUUUUCCUUUCAAAGAUGCUGAAAUUCUUCUCCUAAGGAUAUCACAGGUUAAGUCUCCCUUGAAAUCCAGGUUCAUGUAAAGUUUCUUUUUCGGAACAAGUAAUUUUUUUGAUGUGGU